AUGGAGACAAGGGAGAAGACAAAGAAUAGAGUCUCGAUGAAGGAAAAGGAAGGUGAAUUGAAAACUUCAGGUGGAGGAUCAAUAGGGAGUGUCGUUGGCGAUGGGGUUAUGGCCCAGGCACUAGGGGGUGCCAGAUUGAUGUCGAGUGGCCACAAUCUUGGUGAGGGCAACCCUUAUGUUGCUCCCAAGAACCUAGGCAACGCCACAACGAGUCACAAUGACACAUCAGGUGGCGCCAUGGCGGAGCCCAGGGCGAUGCCCAGCUCAGCGGGUGACGGCGGUGCCAGACGAGGCUUUGACUUGGAUGUUCUAGCAGCUUGUCAUGCAGGGCAGCAUAAGGGAGGCGCCAUUAACAAUAGGGAAGACGACGCCCAUGGCGAGUGGCAGCCAACUGGCGACGUUAAUGGAGUGGGCGAGACUGGUAGGGAGGGUGACGCCGGUGGAGGCUCGGGCGCGAUGGGUGAUGCCGGUGGAGGCUUAGGCGCGAUGGUCGACGUUGGUGGAGACUCAGACACGUUGGGCAACAUCGGGAAGCGUGCGAGUAAGUUCAGUGGCGUCUUUGGGAGCUUGGGCAAUGCAGGGAAAUUGCCAGGAAGUGACUCGGACGAACAAAGCUUAGGAGUUAUCACCGGUGGCUGCCCAGGCGCAUUGGUCGAGGCCAUGGAGAUAUUAGGCGAGAGCGUGGUAGACAGUGGCGGUCUGGGCGACAGUGGCGACUUUGAUGGGAGCCUAAGACUGGGUGGAUCCCUUUGCAGUAGACCGGGCGUUGGGAGAGUGGACACAUGCAUAAGGGAGACAGACUUGGGCAUUGAGACCCCGCUCAGAGAGGUAGAUGGACCAAGUUGUGGAGUGGAUCGAGGUGCCCGAGCUAGUAGGGGUGAUACAGUGGAUGUUAGGCAAGCUUCACGGUAA